AUGGAUAACAGUCAGUCUGGCCAAGGGACCAACAACUCCUCGGACUUUGUCCGCAAACUCUACAAGAUGUUGGAGAGCCCACAGGACGAGAGCGUGGUGAGAUGGGGGAACGAGGGCGAUUCGUUCGUGGUGCUGGAGAAUGAAAAAUUCACAAAACACAUACUGCCGAAACACUUCAAACACUCCAACUUUGCCAGUUUCGUGCGGCAGUUGAACAAAUACGACUUCCACAAAGUGCGGCAUAACAAUGAAGAAGGGGGCACUUCACCGUAUGGGCCGGGGGCUUGGGAGUUCAAACAUCCCGACUUCAAGAUGAACAACAAAGAUGCUCUGGACAACAUUCGGCGAAAAGCACCUGCACCGCGGAAACCCAAUGCGAUGAGCGAUGAGCUCGUACCUACUCAACAGAUGGACCUAGUGAACACGCAACUGGUCGCAACCCAACAACAAUUACAGCAAUUACAGGAACGAUACAACGAGCUAAGCAUGCAUCACUCCAUGCUCUUACAGGAGGUGAUUGGGGUGCAAAAGACGGUGGUCAACCACGAGCAUGUGAUGCAAUACGUCAUGAACUUUUUGAACUCUGUGGAUGCGCAGAGACGGCGGGAGAGUAGGAUCGUGAACCCGAAUCCCUUUGCAGCAGCGAACAACGGAACCUCGAACGGAACCGCAGCCGCAGAUUCAAAUACGACCCCGGUGCCACCAGUGGAAGAGGAACCACCCGCAUCGCCUUUGCAGCAUGCCUCCAAGCUCCUUACCGAAGUCAGCGCGGAUCAUAUGCUGAAUACUCGAAAUCUGGAGCAGAUGAAUGAAGCAUCUAUGCGAAUGAACCACAAUCUCACAACACCGCCGCCAGACGUGGCAGCUCGGAACGGCACACGAUCAUCAAGCAGAGGAGCGCAACCUCAUUCAGCGGCUUCGUCCAGCUCGGCAGGCUACGAUCUCGAUACUCUGGUCUACCCGAUCGGCCACACACAAGGAAUCGAUCCCAUGUACAGCGAACACAUCAAUAACAUUCCCUAUCCAUUGCCAUCGAAAGGAACAGACGGAAACUUCCAGCCUGCACCGCAGCCGGAGCAGCGCAAGAAGAGUGCACAAGUGGACCCUGGCUGGGUUCGCCAACCCCAGAUUCUCCUCGUGGAAGACGACCAGACAUGCAGACGCAUCGGAGGAAAGUUCCUUUUCGCUUUUCAUUGUUCUAUCGAUAGCGCACUUGACGGUCUGGAAGCUGUCAACAAACUCAAUUCUGGUUCGAAGUAUGAUCUGGUCUUGAUGGAUAUCAUCAUGCCCAAUCUUGACGGAGUAUCUGCGACACAUCUCGUACGACAAUUCGACAACACGACACCGAUCAUUGCGAUGACCUCCAACAUUCGAAGCGACGACAUCUCGAUGUACUUCCAACAUGGCAUGAACGAUGUCUUACCCAAACCAUUUACCAAGGAGGGCUUGCUGAGCAUGUUGGAGAAGCAUCUAACCCACCUGAAGAAGCAACCUCCAGGACUGGAGAUCAUGCCGCCACCCCUCAAUUCAGCCAAGAGGAGCUUAAAGAGCGAGGACUCACCAGCCACGUCACCGGCGACUGGUAGCACUUGGAACUCACCGAAUCAACUCACCGCCGGUUCGCCGUCUGCAAGCAACCUGACAGACGAUCCAUAUAUGGCGAAUCAGCCGUACGGUCAGCCGAACAUGCCUCAACACGUAUACGCACCUCAGCCUGGACCGCCGGGUAAUCUUGUAAUGCCGCCCCAUCAACGAGGACCCCCAAUGGCAGGUGCACCUCAGCGAAGAGGCAUAAACGAGAUAUCUGGUGGACCUCCCGAGAUGCAAGAUGCGAAGCGACCAAUCAUGCCGCCAAAGGGCAAGAAAGGCGGCGGAGGCGCCAAAGACAAGAAGGGCGGAGAAGAGGAAAGACAGGAACCUCUCCAGGCGGUGGUACUAUGCGACUCCUUUGAGACUCGAUUCAAUCCCUUCACCCUCGAGCGGCCGCGGUGUCUCCUUCCUCUAGCGAACACGCCACUCAUCGAGUACACCUUAGAAUUCCUCGCAGGGUCUGGCGCCGAAGAGGUUUUCUUGUACUGCGGCAACCACACAGAUACGGUCGAGGAGUAUCUCCAAAACUCGAAAUGGCUAAGCAACACGGCGCCUUUCUCGCUGGAAAUUAUUCGCUCGACAUCGAGGUCCGUUGGUGACUGCAUGCGGGAUCUGGAUCAGAAGGGAUUGAUCGUGAGUGACUUCAUCUGCGUGUAUGGCGAUGUUGUGGCGAAUAUCUCUCUAGAGGGCGCACUAGCCGCUCAUCGCGCGAGGAGGGAGAAGAAUAAGAAUGCGAUCAUGACGAUGGUGCUGCGUGAAGCGGGGGAGAACCAUCGGACGAAACCAACGCAUAUGCGACCGACUUUUGUGAUUGAUCAGGACACGGGCAGGUGUGUGCAUUACGAGCAGAUUCGACCGGGACAGAGUCCGAUGCUGGAUGUUCCAGGAGAAGUUCUGAAAGACCAUGUGGAUCUGGAUGUGCGUGAGGAUCUGAUCGAUUGUGGGAUUGAUAUUUGCACGCCGAAUGUGCUGGCGCAGUAUACGGACAACUUCGACUGGCAAUUGCCCAGACGGGGGUUUCUCUACGGCAUUCUCAAGGACUUCGAGACGUUCCAGCUUACGAUUCACACACACAUUGUUGCGGAGGAGUAUGCGGCCAGAGUCAAGAAUCUGCAGGCAUAUGAUGCGAUCAGCAGGGAUGUUGUCUCGAGGUGGACGUAUCCUCUCACGCCAGACACGAACCUAGUGGCCGGCCAGACGUUCCAGCUUCACAAGGGGAGUGUGUAUCGUGAAGAGGGAGUUGUGUUGGCGAGGUCCAGCAAUGUUGGCCGGAACUGCGUUUUGGGAAAGGCUACGUCGGUGGGUGAUCAUUCGAAUAUCACAAACAGUGUGAUCGGACGGAGAUGUGUGAUUGGCAGCAGGGUGAAGAUUGAUGGUGCUUACAUUUGGGAUGAUGCACGUAUUGACGAUGACACGAUCAUCGAAAAGGCCGUCAUUGCGAACGAAGCCUCCAUUGGCAAGCGCUGUAAGAUCGACCAGGGUGCGUUGAUCUCGUACGGCGCGAAGGUGUCGGAUGGAACUACAGUAUCUGGCGAUCGAAGAGUGACGACGCUCAAGAGGAAGCGGGGUUACGAGAAAGACGAGGUUGUCCAGGUGCCUGCAGAUCCGAAGAUUGUUGGUGAGGAUGGAAUCGGCUAUCACAUGCAGUUCGACGAGGAUGAGGAAGAAGAGGUGGCGGAAGCAUUACUCGUUGGUCUCCAGAAUAUGGAUCUCACCGUUGACGACAUCUCGACAUUUGACUCGGACGAAGACGAUGAGGACGACUACGAACCAUCCCACGCACGAGCUGGAUCGACGAGGAGUGACAGCUUUGCAUCGAUUGACUCAGAGGAGAGUGGCGAGAAUAAGAGCAGCGUGCAGGAAUUCCACCGCGAAGCCGUCAACAGCUUGUUCGACGACAUGAAGAAGGGCACAGAUCCUGACACCAUGCAACUCGAGCUGAAGAGCAUGCGGUUGACGGCUAAUGCUGAAGACAAGCAAGUUCGACGAGCUCUGGCGGUGGCCUUCAACAAACGAGUUGCGAACCUCAUCGAGAGCGGCAAGUCGCCCAAGGAUGCUGCUGCGACGCUGUUUCCAGAGUACAAUCGUCUGGUGAAGGGUUGCGUGUCAUCAGAUGAGGAAGAUGAACAAGCAGAGUUUCUGCUGUUCAUUCAGACAGAUCUCACGCAUCGCGCUCAAGGCGAGAAGAUGAUGCUUUUCCUGUCGAAUGCCCUUGCUACGAACGACCUGAUUGAGCCGGACGGGUUUGAGAAAUGGUGGAACGACGAGCGGAGUACGGCGAGCGAGCAGUUAGUGGCUAUUAGAAAGGACACGGAGCAACUGGUGAAAGUGCUUUGCGAGGAUGACGAGGACGACAGCGAGGAGGAGGAGUCUGAUGAGGAUGAGUGA